AUGGCGUCCAUCAAAGACGAGCUCCCCGCCCCCGCAGCACUCUCCAACGAUUUGACGGCGACCUGCCACUGUGGCCGAGUCCGCGUCAAGAUUCCCCAAAAACCAACAAAGCUAAAUCAGUGCCACUGCACUGUCUGCUACAAGUAUGGUGCCAUGUGGGCUUACUAUGAGCCGGCCCAAAUCUCAGUUUCCGUGGACCAAGGCGGCGAGGUCGUCAGCUACGGGCGCCAGGACAUGGGAGAGAAUCGCGUCCCGCAUAAUGUCUUCAAUUUUUGUGGCCAUUGCGGCUGUGUGACGCACUGGUCCCGUCUUCCGGGCUACAAGGGCAGGGCCAGCAACAAGAUGGGGGUCAACUGCCGCAUGCUUCCCGAGAAGGCGAUUGAGGGCAUCGCGAGAGAGAUCAGCUAUUGCUAA